UCGGUGAGAGGAUAUUAGUAUCAAGGUCUGCGAAUCAGAGAAGGGAAAGGGCAUUUGAAGUGAGUUAGCGGUGAGGGGUCAUGGUUUCGCUUCAUCCACUUGUGUGUCCUUUGUCAGUUUCCUCUUGCUCCUCUGACAUUUUUAGAUGCUCCCUUUGGUCUAGCUGCUACCGGUCCGCAUGUUUUGCCCCAAAACGAAGAAACAGCUCCAAAACAGAGCAGCGUUCUUUCAUCUGCAAUGCUUCGUGGCAAGAGCUCGCCGGAGUUUUACUAUUCUCAGCGAUUCCUUUCACUGCCGUGAAAGCCAUAGCUAAUAGUCCUCUAGGAGAGUCGCUUCAGAGGAAAAUGGAGGAGGAGAAGAAAUCUGCUGAAAAAAAAUCGUCUAAAUUCAAGGCAUUAGCCGACAAGGCCCGAAAGGAGAGCUGUUGGUAUGGAGAAGAUCGGCCUCGUUGGCUUGGUCCUAUAUCAUAUGAAUACCCAUCAUAUCUUACUGGGGACUUGCCUGGGGAUUACGGCUUUGACAUUGCGGGGCUAGGCAAGGAUCCUGUGGCGCUGCGUAAAUACUUCAAGUAUGUUAUAUUUAAUAUUUUAAUGGAAGCCAUCAUGCAUGUGUUGCUGCUGCUUGUCAUUUUUGAGAUAUUGCAUGCUCGUUGGGCUAUGCUUGCAUCUAUUGGAGCUCUGAUUCCAGAAAUAUUAGACCUAUUGGGAGCCUUUCACUUUGUGGAACCUGUGUGGUGGCGUGUUGGUUAUUCAAAGCUCAAGGGAGAUACUUUGGAUUACCUUGGCAUCCAAGGUCUUCACUUUGCUGGAAGUCAGGGAGUGGUCGUGAUUGCUAUUUGCCAAGCACUCCUUAUGGUUGGACCAGAAUACGCUAGGUAUUGUGGGACUGAGGCAUUGGAGCCUCUAGGAAUAUAUCUGCCCGGUGAUAUAAAUUAUCCUGGAGGAGCUUUGUUUGAUCCCUUGAAUCUGUCCAACGAUCCCGAAGCUUUUGAAGAGCUGAAGGUAAAAGAAAUUAAAAAUGGACGUUUGGCAAUGGUUGCCUGGUUAGGCUUUUACGUGCAAGCAGCACUGACGGGUAAAGGUCCAGUUCAGAACCUUAUUGAUUUCAUUUCGGAUCCUUUCCACAACAACUUUCUGAACUCCCUCAACAUUAUGAAAUUCGUCAUAUGAUGUCGAUAAGGAAUUUACUUUCAUUUGGAUGCUCGUUUCUACGUUUUUGCUGACGGAAUUCUUGUCAGAAUGGUAUAACCAUCAGCCAUGUACUCCUCGCAAUCAGUAGUCAAAUCUCUGUACAAAAGAAACUAUUUCUAAUAUUUUGCUUGUUACUCUUCAGUUUUGGACAAAUAUAAUCACGGAGAUUUUUUAAA